UCUCCUGCUGCUGCCUCAGCCCCGCCCCGAGCGGCGGCGGCGGCGGCGGCCUGACCCCGGAGCCGUCCCCGGGCCGUCCCCUGGCCGGGCGGUGCGGAGCCGGAGCCGGAGCCGGAGGCGGCGAGAUGGCCGCGCCCUGGGGUCUGCCCGCGCCCCUCAGCCCGGCGCAGCUGAAGCGGCUGGAGCAGCACCGCUACAGCGCGGCCGGCCGCUCGCUGCUGGAGCCCUGGCUGCAGCCCUACUGGGCCUGGCUGGUGGAGCAGCUGCCGCUGUGGCUGGCCCCCAACGCCAUCACCCUCGGCGGCCUCCUGCUCAACUGCCUCACGGCGCUGCCGCUCGUCGCCUCCUGCCCCAGCGCCACCGAGCAGGCACCUUUUUGGGCAUACAUCCUGGGUGCGUUAGGACUUUUUAUCUACCAGUCGCUGGAUGCCAUUGAUGGGAAGCAAGCGAGAAGAACAAACAGUAGUUCUCCUCUAGGAGAACUCUUUGAUCAUGGUUGCGACUCUAUUUCCACAGUUUUUGUUGUCCUUGGAUCCUGCAUAGCAAUCCGACUAGGAACAAAUCCUGACUGGUUGUUUUUCUGUUGUUUUGUGGGACUGUUCAUGUUCUAUUCUGCUCACUGGCAGACAUAUGUAUCAGGCACAUUAAGGUUUGGAAAAGUUGAUGUAACUGAAGUUCAGAUAGCCAUAACACUGCUGCUUUUGAUAUCAGCGUUUGGUGGAACGGCAAUAUGGGACUAUAAGGUCCAUUUAGUAGGCUUAGAGCUGAAGUUCUUUGUGGUUUUUGGCAUACUGUGUGGAACAGCGCUUUCUUUUUUCAAUUACUUCCGUGUCAUCUUCAGUGGAGGGGUUGGAAAGAAUGGAUCUACAAUAGCAGGAACAAGUGUUCUUUCACCAGGCGUCCACAUUGGGCUACUUAUCACACUGGCUGUUGUGAUCUAUAAGAAAUCUGCAACCCAGCUGUUUGAAAAACAUCCUUGUCUGUAUGUCUUGACAUUUGGAUUUGUGAAUGCUAAAAUCUCACAGAAGUUAGUGGUGGCUCACAUGACAAAAAGCGAGAUCUGUCUUCAAGACACUGCAUUUAUUGGGCCAGGACUUCUGUUUUUGGACCAGUACUUCAACAGUUUCAUUGAUGAAUAUAUUGUUCUAUGGAUAGCACUGUUCAUAUCCUUGUUUGAUAUGCUGAGAUAUGCCACUGCUGUAUGCCUACAGAUCGCUGCUCAUCUUCAUAUACAUGUCUUCAGAAUUUCAUCUCAUCAAGCUCCUGAACAGGUACAAGUUGUUUCUCCAUUGAGCCAUCAGAAUAACAUGGACUGAAGAGACUUGCGAACAGUUGCCAUCUCCUGCUGUUGCUGUUACAAGAAAAGGAGAUAAUACUGAACAAAUGCCAAACCAAUGAUUCCUUAAUCUAAUUAAAUGAAUGUCAAAUGACUUCUUUACAGAAUGUUCUAUUUUUGUAUUUAACUUAAGUUCUUCGUAAACCUGAUACUUACAGUGUCCAUCAUAAUCUUCUUCUGCAACAUAGCCAUUUCUUUGCGAAGUUCAUUUUGUGCACCAGCUAGAAGAUUUUCAUUGGUUUUCUCUAGUUCUUCCAUGCUCUGCAGUUAAGGAUAAUCUUAAUUCAAAACUGCUUGAUGUCUCAGGGUUAAUUUAAACAAACAAACAAUUUUUCAGACUAAGUUCAAUUUUUAUGGCAGCAGUGAUAAUCACAGAUGAAUUUUGUCAUGAACUUGAAAGAGAAAUUCUAUAGGACUUUGUGCUCCACUCUACAUUACUGUUUAAAAAACAUGCACGUGGCAAAGGAAACAGUCCUUUCCACUCAGCAUCUGGGAGGUCCCAGCUGAUAUCCUGCAUUUCAAUAAGCAUAAGGGUUCUACAAGAAGAAAUUAGACACAUACCUGUCAGGAAUGAUAGGGGUACAGUUUAAUAUUAUGACAACCUUAGAGACUUGACAUAAGGCCUAUAGAAAAUGUUGAAUUUGCUCCUCUUUGCACACUACACUCCAAAUAAGCUAAGGUAAAGCUCACUGGUUAUCUUCCCUUUUGCACAUACAGUUAUGCCUAACUGAUGUACAUAGCUGCCUUUUCUUUAGCUUGUAUUUAAAGUUAAGCUGAUUUGAGGCUUGAUUUUUUUUUACCUGUUGAUAUUCUCUCAGGAGAAAAUUCAUAGUAAUACAGUUUUUCAUCUUUGAUGAAGACAUUGUUGACAUUUUGAAAUGGUUAUUAUUAAGAUUUCUGUAAUAUCCUCUGCAAAUUUCAACCAUUUUAAACUAAGCAUUGAAAAAUAAAUUUAAAAUAGAGUGCCUCUGUGUGACUUGGAAAAAAACAGAUACCACAAAUAAAAAAUUUCAAAACAGGGCCAGUUAGGAAAUGACUCAAAUAGAAAUUAAGGCUUGUUAGAAAGUGCCAGGCUUUACCCCAUGUACCAGUACAUGCUGGGGGCUGCCCAACUGGGAAGCAGCUCCACAGAAAAGGACCUGGGGGUCCUGCCAGAAGCGUGCCCUUGUGGCAAAGAUAUUUGAGUGUCCCAGGGUGCUUUAGCAUGAAUAUUUACGCAAAGCUGUUGUUUUCCUUAAGCGAACCUUAAGUCUGUAUUUUGUAAAGGCUGAACUAAUACAGCCUUCCUAAGCAAUGUGGUAUUGCUAAGCUGCCUUGUAAGAAGAAAAUUUACUGUACCUUCAAGAAUUGCUCAUACAGUUGCUUAAUGGUUUUCAGUCUCUGGCUUUGAACUACUCUUGCCUGUUGAAAAACUUUUUGUUGCUGACGAAACAUGUUCUGAAGAAAAAAAAUAAAUCAUGUUAUUAGUUUACCAAAAGUGCUUUGACAGCAAAACUGAUGCCGUUUGUCAGAAUCAAAAAUUCUGCCUUCACUGGCAGUCUGGGUCCUACAAUGUAGAUCCCUGCCUAGGGAGGUAUCCUUGUUCUUGGUAAUAAAAGAAAGACUGAAGACUGGAUUAAGCCCUGAGUUGUCCCCUGAGGUCCUUUCUAACCUGGAUUUUUCUCUGUGGGAUCCUGAGGGCUGCUAGCCAACACAGUUCUUGAGUAUCCCAGGGAAAUGUACUGACUAGGGAAAAGCACAACUUGCAAACAUUCUGGGAGUACAAAUACAGCAAUAGUAUGUGUUUAAAUUCCACUGUGUAGCUUCUAUCCCCUUUAGACAUCAAAUUAUGCAUUUGUGAUACAGAGGCAUACUUUUAAGCAAUGCCAUGCUUAAGGACAACUACUUCCCUGUGUUCCUUUGUCUCUUUACCCGAAGUCUAUGGGUGCACAGAUUCAACACAUCUGGUUCUCCAUAACCAUCUUGGCUUUUCUCAAGCCAUGUUCUGGCUCAGGGCAUCAUUUACUCCCAUCUAUAAACUUGAAAUAAAGCACUGCACCCCUCUCCACUUUUAAAUAUAUCCCAAAACUUAAACAUUUAUGGUUUAAGAACCACCAAACCUGAGUGAAUUUUUUGAUCAAGAGACGUAAGGUGUUUUUUUUUGUUGUUUUUUUUUUUUUUUAAUU